AUGGAGGACGGAGGCUGGGAGACCAGGGGAAACCCAUCCAAGAACCUGACAGGGGAGACCAGGAGAGACCCAUCUGAGAACCUGACAGGGGAGACCAGGAGAGACCCGUCCGAGAACCUGACAGGGGAGACCAGGAGAGACCCGUCUGAGAACCUGACAGGGGAGACCAGGAGAGACCCGUCCGAGAACCUGACAGGGGAGACCAGGAGAGACCCGUCUGAGAACCUGACAGGGGAGACCAGGAGAGACCCGUCUGAGAACCUGACAGGGGAGACCAGGAGAGACCCGUCUGAGAACCUGACAGGGGAGACCAGGAGAGACCCGUCCGAGAACCUGACAGGGGAGACCAGGAGAGACCCGUCUGAGAACCUGACAGGGGAGACCAGGAGAGACCCGUCUGAGAACCUGACAGGGGAGACCAGGAGAGACCCGUCCGAGAACCUGACAGGGGAGACCAGGAGAGACCCGUCCGAGAACCUGACAGGGGAGACCAGGAGAGACCCGUCUGAGAACCUGACAGGGGAGACCAGGAGAGACCCGUCCGAGAACCUGACAGGGGAGACCAGGAGAGACCCGUCUGAGAACCUGACAGGGGAGACCAGGAGAGACCCGUCUGAGAACCUGACAGGGGAGACCAGGAGAGACCCGUCCGAGAACCUGACAGGGGAGACCCAUCUGAGAACCUGA